AUGGACACCAGAAACGGCGCAGAGGAAGAGAAAGUCUCAUCAGUUGAAAUGCCCAAAUUUGAAAUUCCUACAGCGGUGAUUGUUAAGCGAACCAAUACUAGCACUGGGGCUCGUAUUUCAGCCCCGAUCAAUCAAGAGGGCUCCAAGGCAGCAGAUGAGACCGAAGCUCAGAGAAUAGUGAAGGAAGAAGUUCCUGAUAGUGAAGAGGGUUUGGUAACUUUGGCUCAACUGCCGGAUCCUACUUCCACCCAUAUCAAGCAAGAGAGCUCCGAGAAGUCAGAUAUGGCUGAAACUCUUUCUGGGUUGAACCCUCCAAGCUUGGUUAAGACUGAGGUUCCUGAUAGCCAGGAGGGUUUGAUUCAGCAGGCAAAACCUGUUCCUAUUCCGGUCAAGCAAGAGCCCUUUGUGGAGUCAGAUGAGGCCAAUCCUCUAAGCUUAGUACCGAGUCAAGUUCCUGAUAGUCAAGAGGGUUUGGUCCUACGAGUGGAACCCAUUACGACCCUGGUUAAGCUGGAGGCCUCUGAGGAGGCAGAUGAAGCCGAAAAGCUUCACGGGUCUAAGCCUGAGCUCCCAGAAAAGAAGGAAGUUCCUGAUCAGCAAGAGUGUCUGACCCCACAGGAAGAGAAUGUCAAGAAAAUCCGAGCAGUUGUGGGGUCUGAAAUAUCCGAAAUUUUAAUUCAACUAGUACUCUAUCGAUGCGGUGACAACCCAGAUGCAGCCAUCAAUUACAUCCUCGAAGGUCAGGGGAUAUCGGUUAAGCGGACAAAUACGAGCCCAGGGGCUUGUAUCUCAACCCAGUUGCCCGAUUCGCAUAAGGGAUUGAAGCCUAAUAGCCAGGUAAAGAAGGAAGAUCCUGAUUGUCAAGUAACUUUGGUUCAACAGACGAGGCCUAAAAAUUUGGAGGAUGGAGACUUCCCCACAGAGCAGGAUUGGCUUUUGGUGGGAAGGACAUUUGUCACUGCACUUUCUACUUCCAAAGGCAGGAAAUUGUUUGAUAAUGAGAUUGUUCAUUUCUCUUUUCCUUCCGCAAACUCCAGCCACAAAACCAAAUGGAUUGUUCGUUUCUCAACCAAGCAAUUUGGAGAGAUUGGUCGGCUUCCCAUGGAAUGGGCAAAGUGUGUUAUUCCGCUUGUAAAUUCUGGUAAAGUUAAACUUCGUGGGCGUUGUAUAGCUGCACCGAAAGUCCUUUCUAUGAUGCAAGAGGUCAUAUUGUAUGUAAGUUUUUAUAUUCACCACUCAAUUUUCACGGAGGGUGACCACUCGUCGUGGAGGCUAGAUGUAUCCCCCAAUAUUGUUUCUUCAAUUUAUCCUCUCCUCAGUCAGUUCAAAUUGCUGAAAAUUCAGCCAUAUAAGAAGGCUGAAUUCACCCCAGAAGAACUUGAUUCCCGAAAACGCCUUUUGAAUAUUGAACGUAUUCCAGACGACGGUGCUCCUGUGUUGCCCUUAGUGAAACGAAGAAAGGGUUGCCAACAGCCUUCAGAAGAAAGCAGAGAUGAACAAGCCAUUACAGAAUCAUCUCUAAAUAAGAUUGUUGGUGCAGCAGAUGUUUAUGACUUGGAGGAGAUGGAACCCCCAAGUACUCUCACGUGUGUUCUGAAACCAUACCAGAAACAAGCUCUCUACUGGAUGUCUGAAUUAGAGAAGGGAAUUGAUGUUGAGAAGGCAACACAAACUCUUCAUCCUUGCUGGGCGGCCUAUCAUAUGUGUGAUGAGAGGGUUUCUUCAGUCUAUGUGAACAUCUUCACGGGAGAGGCAACCACAAAAUUUCCAACUGCAACACAGAUGGCAAGAGGAGGAAUCCUAGCAGAUGCAAUGGGACUUGGGAAGACUGUGAUGACAAUUGCUCUAAUACUUGCAAGACCAGGCAGAAGCUCUAAUAGUAUUGAAAUUGCAAAGAGGAGGAGGAUAGAUUCAGAUACAAGCACCCCAUUUAAACCAAGGGGAGGCACUCUUGUUGUCUGUCCCAUGUCUUUGUUAAGCCAGUGGAAGGAUGAGCUUGAAACCCAUUCAGAGUCGGAAAGCAUUUCCAUUUUUGUCCACUAUGGUGGAUACAGAUCCACUGACCCCAAGGUGAUAUCAGUACAAGAUGUAGUCUUGACAACAUAUGGUGUCUUGUCUACAUCUUAUAAAAGUGAUGGGGAGAACAGCAUUUUCCACCAGAUCGACUGGUAUAGGGUGGUGCUUGAUGAAGCACAUAGCAUUAAAUCUUCAAAGACCCAAGUUGCUCAGGCUGCUUUUGCCUUGUCCUCCCAUUGUCGUUGGUGUUUGACAGGAACGCCUAUUCAGAAUAAUUUGGAAGACCUCUACAGCCUCUUAUGCUUCUUGCAUGUUGAACCAUGGUGCAACUGGGCAUGGUGGAGUAAAUUAAUUCAACGACCUUAUGAGAGUGGUGACCCUAGAGGGCUGAGAUUGAUAAAGGCUAUUUUGAGGUCAUUAAUGUUAAGAAGAACAAAGGAGACAAAGGAUAAAAAAGGAAGGCCCAUACUUGUUCUCCCUCCAACUGACAUUCAAACCAUUGAGUGUGAGCAGUCAGAAGCUGAACGCUACUUUUAUGAUGCCCUUUUUAGGAGAUCAAAAGUCCAGUUUGAUCAGUUUGUGGCACAAGGCAAGGUUCUUCACAACUAUGCAAAUAUCCUUGAGCUACUACUCCGAUUGAGGCAGUGUUGCAACCACCCAUAUCUUGUGAUGAGUAGCGCUGAUUCACAAAAGAUAAAAAGUCGGAGUGAUCCCCAAAAGUUUGCAGACUUGGACGACCUUGCUAGUAGAUUCCUUGAAGCUAAUCGUGAUGCUUCCACUUCAAAGCAGAUUGUCCCCACCCAAGCCUAUGUUGAAGAGGUUGUUGAGAGUAUACGUCGGGGUGAAAACAAAGAGUGUCCCAUAUGCUUGGAGCUUGCAGAUGAUCCUGUACUUACACCAUGCGCGCAUAAGAUGUGCAGGGAGUGUCUUCUCUCAAGCUGGCAGACACCAGCUACUGGUCGAUGUCCAAUAUGUCGGCAAUGGCUCAAAUACACUGACCUUAUAGCCUGCCCAUCAGAAAGCCGUUUCCAGGCUAAUACUGAGGGAAAUUGGACGGAAUCUUCAAAGGUUUUAAAGCUCUUGGAUUGCUUGGAACAUAUCCUUCGGUCAGAUUCUGGUGCAAAGAGCAUUGUUUUCAGUCAGUGGACUGCAUUUUUGGAUCUGUUGGAGACCCCUAUGAAGAAAAGAGGAAUUGGGUUUCUGAGGUUUGAUGGAAAGCUGUCCCAGACACAGAGAGAAAGGGUAUUGAACGAGUUCAAUGAGACCAGGCAGAAAAUGGUGUUGUUGACGUCUUUGAAAACUGGUGGUGUUGGUCUAAAUUUAACUGCAGCAUCUAAUGUCUUUAUAAUGGAUCCAUGGUGGAAUCCAGCGGUUGAGGAGCAAGCAAUAAUGAGAAUUCAUCGCAUUGGACAAAAGCGAACUGUUGUUGUUAGAAGAUUUAUUGUCAAGGACUCAGUGGAGGAACGCAUGCAACAAGUUCAGGCCAGGAAGCAAAAGAUGAUUGCUGGAGCUCUCACUGAUGAGGAAGUAAGAUCUGCCAGAAUUGAGGAGCUCAAAAUGCUUUUCACAUAGAGGCAUUCAUUAUAUGUAUAUGGUAUUUAGGGGAGGAGAGAGUUGCAUUUGGGGCUGCUUUUCUGUGUAGUUAGUCUAAAAAGAGGAGUCCCUAGUUUUUGUAAAUCCAGGGCUCUCUUUAUCUACUUUUUUGGGAAGUUGAUUGUGUUUGUGUAGAAACUUGACCAAUCAACAAGUUAAUUAACUUAUUUUCUUGUCCGAUAAGCAAAAGAAAAUAGGGUUUUGGAAAGAAAGAUGGCAAGUUAUGCGAAUAUUCUAUAAAUGACGUAUAUAUCCCUGAC